GUUCCCGUAGAGUCCAUGAUCCUCAAACCUACUGGCUUCGUCAAGGCUCCAUGCAGAAAACGGGUACCUCAUUACCAUCUCGAUGUUGAUGAGUUUUGCUCUUCCGCUGCGAUACAUAGCCCGCGCCCCUAUUUCCCUAAUACGUCUUUGCCGCGCAACGUCGCCGUUCGACGACGCCAUGGCACAUCAUUUCCUGCGAUGAUGGCGACGAUACGUAUCCUCAUGCUCAAGCCUUGAUCUGGCCAUGCACUCCGUCGUUCAACCUAGUACCGCAUCUUCGAAGUCCGACAUAAUACCCGACCGUCCGAGUCAGGCCGUCGUAGCCACCGUAAUCCUCCAACACGCUCCAAAGGAGAUGAAGAACGCAGCGAUGCACAGGUACGAGGGGCAUUCUCGACAGCUUCUCUUCUCUGUUAGAUGAAAGGAGAACUGUCCUCGAGAUUGAAUACGCGGCACUCAGAAGCACCGACGCCAUGUGCGGCGUUCAUCAGCGACAGCGUGGACAGCGUUUCGAUUGGGGUCCGUAAAUGUGUUCGACGUCGCACGAUAGAGAGGAGGUAAACGGGUUGAGUUGUUUCCAUCCAAAGAUAUUCCUGUGUUUGGGGGGCAAUCGCGUCAAUGCUGCGCCUGUGUAUUCAUAGGCGACUUAUAGCCGAUGAUGCCCGUCUUGGCUUUGACUCUUUUUCAGUAACAACUAUCCGCUUCGGUUCUAGUAAGCGGUCAGAAGACCUGCACAGCGGCGCUCUUCUCUGUGGUGCAUUCUCAUCAAAUUCCCAUCCUAUAACCUGAGCUGAGGCGGCUUGCACCUUUGCUCUCGACCUCCAUCUUUCCCUCCAUUCAUCCAUCAUACGCUCGCAAAGUCCUGCGGCUUGUGCGACGCCCCACUACGAUGCAGACCUCAGCGGAAGAUGGAUCGAAUUAUCAUGAGAAGACGCCACCAGUAUCGACGAAGCCCGUAACGUCGCCGCAAGGGUCAGAGGUAGGAGACGCAGGAGAGUAUGAGGCAACACCUCAGCGUACGCUGAAGAGACAGCUCAAAAACAGACAUAUAGCCAUGAUCAGUAUCGGCGGUGUCAUCGGAACAGGGUUAUUUUUGGGUACUGCUAAGAGUUUAGCUGUGGGUGGCCCGAUCGGUCUGUUACUCGGUUAUGCUGCUGUUGGCACGAUUUGUCUUUCGGUCAUGCUCUCACUCGGUGAAAUGGUUGCCUUCCUUCCCAUUCCGGGUGGUCACAUCAAACUCGCGGAACGUUUCGUCGACCCGGCUUUCUCUUUCGCAAUGGGAUGGAACUACUGGUACAACUGGACAAUCAUUCUUCCCGCCGAGCUCAGUGCCGCCGCUGUGCUCAUCGACUUCUGGGACUCCCGAACCAAUUUAAACUCAGCGUGGAUCAUCAUCUGUCUUGCUGUCGUCGUCUUCAUCAAUUUCCUUGGUGCUGGCGCUUACGGUGAAGCCGAGUUCAUAUUCGCUUCCAUCAAGGUCAUAACCAUCGUUGGUCUCAUUAUCCUCGGAAUUGUACUCGACCUUGGUGGUGGCCCAGAUCAUGAUCGACUGGGAUUCCGCUACUGGAAGAAUCCUGGUCCAUUUGUCAACUUCAACGGCAUCACUGGAAACAAGGGCCACUUCCUCGGAUGGUGGGCCGUCAUGACACAAGCUGCAUUCUCUUUCAUCGGCACAGAGAUUGUCGCCAUUGCUGCCGGUGAGGCCAAGAAUCCGCGAAGGAACCUCCCGAAGGCCAUCAGGCGUGUAUAUAUCCGUAUUCUUCUGUUUUACAUUGGCGGUGUCACCGUCAUCGGGUUACUCGUCCCUUCCAACAAUCCGGAUUUGACUAACGGUACUGGAAACGCCGCCGGCUCUCCAUUUGUCAUCGCCAUCGUCACCUCUGGGAUCAAGGUGCUUCCUUCCAUCGUGAAUGCAUGUCUCUUGACGUCCGCUUGGUCCGCAGCCUCAAGUGAUAUGUAUACUAGCUCUCGUGCCCUCUAUGGUCUCGCCGUCGCCGGAAACGCCCCCAAGAUCUUUAAACGUACCAGUCGCAGUGGCCUCCCGUGGACUGCCCUCCUCGUCUCGGUCGCAUUCUCCUUUCUCGCCUUCAUGGGCGUCACAGCUGGCUCCAACACAGUCUUCACUUGGUUCCAGAACAUGACUUCCGUCGCCGGCCUGAUGACCUGGUUUGGCAUCUGCGUAACUUACCUGAGGUUCUACAAGGGCUUCAGGGCGCAGGGAUUCGAUCGUGCGACACUACCGUACGCGAGUAAGAUGCAGCCCUAUGCGGCGUGGUAUGGGAUGUUAUCGUCUGUUAUUGUCUGUUUCUUCUCCGGAUGGCAAGUCUUCCUCAAGGGAGGCUGGGACACCGCCACCUUUGUCACGACCUACAUUCCAUUUAUCCUGUUCCCUAUUCUCUAUGUCGGAGCCCGCCUCUGGACCCGCGUCCCACCUAGACGACCUCACGAGAUGGACUUCGUGACGGGGCUGGCGGAGAUCGAGGCCGAUACGUACGAUGAGCCGCCCCCGAGGAAUAAGUGGGAGGCAUUCUGGCAAUGGCUGAUGUAACGUCCAGACGGUCUGAUUGGUUUCACCAAUUCGGUGGAGGUGUAUGUGGAGGUCUGGUUUUGUUUCUGGAUAAUACGGAUUGUGUAUGUUUUAAUGAUUAUACUCUUAGUUACGACUGUCUAGUGCCUGUCAAUAUCUUUGUCACGCUUUGUCUUUACGAGACUCGUUAUCUAUUCAAGCCAAGAUACCUCCAUUGUCAGCC